AUGGAUAAUUACACGAUUGCUAUAUGCUUCAAGAACAACCCAAGCAGGAUAAUAGGCGCCUUUCUUUCCAAUGAGGACGGGAAGGUGAAGUUAGAGAAUGCGUUCUUCGAGACGAAUCCUGGGGUUGUAUUUCCUACGAUUUCCAUUUCGGAAAGCGACAUAAUCACGGUGACGAAGAUGAACGGGAGGCAGGCGGAGAAAGGCAAGGACGCAUCCGAGAGGGGGAGUGGGGCAAAGGAGGAUUCUGGAUGGUCCUCGUUCAGGACAGAUUCCGAAAUCUCUGGAGGGCCAAAGGAAAUGCCCGAGGCUGUCCUGCCCAAGGCUGCCGACCUUGAGAAAUCCCUGGAAGAAGAAUGCAAGGACUGGAACCAGUUUGAGGCAAACUCAAAGCUUUUCAAUAUAGACAGCAGAUUUGAUGAAGAGGAGUAUAUGGAGGUUCUUGACAAAAGCUCUGAGUCGUACAAAAGCAAGGUCUCGAUGGCAAGAAGAAUCGAGAAGGAAAUAAUGCUGUCUGCAACCACGGAUGCUCACAGACUUGAGGAACGAGGGCUUGGAAAUAGCGUGGAAAACGAAGACAUCUACUCAAGCGUGGUUAGGGAGGAAUGCAGGAGCGCAGAGAGCAAGAGUGCGUCUGCAAUGGAGGUGCGCCAGGAGAAAGUUGCUGCAGCCAAGCAGCCUGCGGACGAUGGUACCAAGAGGAAGAUGGUGAUAGAGAUUGAGGGUCUUUCUCUGCUAGAGAAUAGGAAGGACGAGGCUGUAAGCAAAGCCGUGAGUAGCAAGAGCGAAGGACCUUCGAGUGGACAGGAGGAGGGGAAGAACGGAAAGCCCAAGAAGAGUGUGAGGUAUGGAUGGAUGCACACCAAGUUUGACUCUUCGAAAAAUCUUCUCGAAAUGAUAAAAUCGAAAUUCAAGAGUGUCUUUGACAUUGGCGGGGGAGAGCUGAAGUGGGGGACAGGGCCUAACUGGGAGGCGGCUGCGAAAAGCAUUGCCAAGAAGGUUCAGAAGCCUGGAAAAACAUCGGUAAGGAAGGCAGCCAAAAAAAGUCCUGUUUCUAAGUAA